AUGCGCUCUAUUAGCAUCUGGUCAGCGCUGAUGUCGUGUGCUGUUGCUGAGUUAUCCACACGCAUCCCUGCUGUGAAUGAUCCCCGAUGCGGCACCUCAGCGCCAUCCGAGUCUCUUCGUGCUAUGGCGCGCGAAAUGAGAGUCAAGGAGCAACUUCAAGUACACCAAGUCCGAGAAAUUGACUCGACUAUUAUUCCCACUAUCGUCCACGUCGUAUAUGCCAAUCAGACCGAGCAAGGAGGCUAUGUUCCUAAGAGUCAAAUUGAUGCCCAAAUUGACGUGCUCAACAAAGCAUGGACUCCGCAUGGGUUUUCAUUCGAUCUGAUCAACACCACCUAUACGCAAAAUGCAACCUGGACAAGCGUCAACUUCGAUCGCUGGCCUGAUAUGAAAAAGGCCCUACGCCAGGGUGGAUACAGUACCUUAAACUUGUAUACCGUCUUAUUGACUGAUGGAUUCGGUCUUCUCGGCAUUGGAACCCCGCCUAGUGACUAUGAGGAAGGAUCUGAGGACUUCAUGCUGGAUGGUGUUGUUAUACAAGCGAACACACUGCCUGGUGGCAUCGGCCCAUCAUUUGUGCCAUAUCCAGAGAGAUACACUGAGGGCGAUCUCGCCAAUCAUGAAGUGGGACAUUGGAUGGGCCUCUUUCACACGUAUAUCGAAAGAGCCCCCUAUCCCCUUUCAUGCGCAAAUGGAGACAAUGACUUUGUUGAUGACACACCUGUACACAUGCUUUUCAUAACUGAAACCGGGCCAGAUCUGAAUUGCCCGCCUGGCCGAGACACAUGUCCUGACCUCCCUGGACUCGACCCAACGGACAAUUUUAUGAGUAGUGCGUGGCAAUCGUGCUGGAACAAAUUCACUCCUGGACAGGGCCUAAGAACAAGGAAUAUGUGGGCGACGUAUCGUGCAAGACAGGAAUAA